GCAUUUUGUUAAAUGAAGUGUUACUGAAAUAAUUUCUAUCUAGCAAUACGCACAGUGUGAACUACCUGACAAGUAAAAUGGCCAUGAACGUCUGUAAUCUCUCAGUGAAUUCAAUUUUGGCAUGUGCUGUCUGCACUGAGCUGUAUAAUGAGAAAGAGCUGAGACCCAAGCUGCUGCAGUGUGGACACACUUUCUGCUUAAGAUGCCUCACAGAAAUUCUAAAAGGAGCUAGCAAGCAGAGUUCUGAUAACAGGGACUCAAAACUCUCAUGCCCAAGCUGCAGACAAGAGACAUCGCUUUCAACUCUCAGUGCCCUGGACCUCGCUGAUAAUUUUGCAAUCAUAGAGUGCUUAAGUAGUGCCAAAGGAGCUAAUGAAGCAUGUUGUUACUGUGAAAAGCAUCCAGAUGAAAGAAUCAAAUUCUUCUGCUUGCCGUGUCACAGGUUAUUAUGCCCUUGUUGUGCACUUAAACACAUGUCACAAAAUAUUCACAAUGUCGUAAAAGUGGAAUCAGCAGCAUUGAGAUACAAACAAAAGAUCCAGGAGGCUUUAGAUUAUUGCGAGGAAAAGCGACAUCUUCUAGAGAAGAUUGUACAAGAAUCACUUAAUGAGAAGAAACAACUUUCAGUAUUUACACUGUCCCUGAAGCAUCUAACAAAAAAUAUAUCAGACACGGAGUUGUUGUCUCAGAAAGAAACAUUGAUUCAGCUAGAAAAAUGCAUGUCCCGGAAGCAAAUUCCAGACCAGUCACAAUCAAGCAAACUAGAACAUAUUGCACAGAAAAUGAAAACAAGAAAUGAUCCAACCCCUCCUGGAUUCUGGGAUGCUUCAAGUUCAGAAGAAAAUGAUAGCAGCACUAGAAAUUACCAUCGAGAAAAUAAAAAUUUUUCAUGCAGAAAUGUAAGUGAAUUGCUUAGUAAUGGAAGAACUCAAGGAUGCUUACUGAAUCCUAUUGGAGUGGCAGUUACCGAUGAUGGAUUUGUGUUUGUUACAGACAAAAGUGAUGAAAGAGUAAAAGUCUUUGAUUAUUCCAUGGAACUCUUAUGGCAUUUUUCAAAGACAGCACAGCCACAGUAUAAUAAACCAUGUUUCCCAGCUGGUAUUGCUAUUUCUAGCCUUGGAUAUUUAGUGGCAAUAGCAGAACCCAUAAAACAGCAAGUUUCUGUGCAUGCAAGGGAUGGGCGAAAAAUCUUCUCUUUAAAGCAGGACUGGCAAUGCCCUUUUGGAGUUGCUGUAAACACAAAAGGUCAGAUAGUUGUGACUGACAAAUGUGAACAUGGCAGCUUUUACAUAUUAACUGUGGAUUGGACAUGUGGUAAUAUUUUACAUAUUAAAGUCAUUGAUGGUUUAUACCAGCCAUCUUUUGUGGCUUGCAGUAAAAAAGAUGACAUUGUGAUUACUACAAGUAACUCAGUCAAGGUGUUUGAUGUUACAGGAUCCCUCCGUUUAACUAUAAACCAUGAACUUGGAAGUAAUCACUUUUUAUAUAGUCCCAAAGGGGUGGCAUUUGAUAACAAAAACAAUAUUAUUGUUUCUGAUUACUAUUCAGGAAAGGUGGUUCUGCUAAAUAGUGAAGGGAAAUGGUUAAUGGAUAUAAUAUCAGGUCUUCAAGGACCACAAGGAAUCACACUAACACCCAACGGUUUGCUUGUUAUCACAGAAUCUCUGAGUCACAAUAUCAGCUUGCAUCACUUCCAAUAUACCAACAACCAUAAUGUGUUGUGACUUAGUACACCAAAAUAAUGAGAAAUCACUACUCUUUUUCAAAGCCAAAAAGAGCAUUUAAGGCCAAACACAUUUUCUUAGUAUCUUAGUAACCCUUAAAUACCACUGAUGUGGAAAUGGAAAAGAUGAGCAGUUUUAUAAGACAUAAUACUGUACAUGUCAUCAGUAUUUGCAAAAAGACAGCAUUGCAUAUUUUGGUAAAGUCCAUUUAAUGAAACUGUUAAACCCACCAGAAAUGAAAUAUCAAAUCCACAAACUUUAUAUCAAAAAACUCAAUUAAAAAAGUGCACUCUAAUCAGUCCAUUCCAAAUGUAUCAAGUAAAAACUGAUAUGUGACAGCAGAAACAACACAAUUAUUAACAUUAAUAGCAAAAAGUUAAAGAGGGACAGUCUUAAUCCCAAGACAUUUUUGUCAUUUCUUUUGUGCUGUCCCCAGGUAUUUUAUAAAGCUCAGCAAAUCUGAAAGUUGUACACAGUAGGAGUGUCAUAUAGAAAAUAAGCCUGACAUGUCUGAGAAAAUACUGACAUCUGUUCUUCUUAUAUAUUUAUUAACAGGAUUACACUAUGGUAAAAAAAAAAAAUGAAAGUGAAAUCUGAACCAGUUCAAAUUCAAUCACUGGGUCUGACAUGGCUGCUAGUUGCCUAAACCUAUCCUGAGAGAGCAAAUUGCAUUGUUAAUUUUGGGAUAUGACACUCCAAAAUAACAUUUUCAUAAAUUAUACAAGAUAUAGAGAGCUAAUCAUUAAAACUAUACUUCAUUGAGGUAGCUACUACAAUGAAUAGAUUAUUAAACAAUUUUCAAUAGUUUUACAUUUUUUUUGUUAAUUUUGAAAUAGUGUAUGUGUGUAACCAUUUAUCCAAUGUACAAUUUCCAACAAAGCAGUUUUAAAAAUAUUUCCAGGAAAACUUUAAUCAAUACAUUUUUUUAACUGAGCAAAAAAGUUGCUUUAUGUAUACAUUUUUCCUCGUAAAAACCUCUUAUGAUAAAAUAAAUUAGAUUAUCUUAAUGCUGUCCGCUCCAACAAAAAUCCUCACACUGAAAAUGUAAAAAAUGCAGCUAAAAUGUCCCUAAUGGAUCACUGUUGACUCCAGCAACAACAAUCCAUUAAUAUAAAAAAGCAAAAAAAA